UUAGUUGUUACGCGGUGGUCUCAGACGAACGAACCUGGAUUUCCCGAAGCUUACGACUUUUUAAGUUCUGUUCAAAUCCAAAGCUGGACUCCAUACCAUCACGAAGACACCCCACCAGCAGGAGGGAGUCCGUUCCUGGGUCCCCUCAGGGAGAGUCCUGAAGAAAACCAGCUGCUGGAUUUAAGGUCCAGAUCCUCUUCACGACGCCACUUCAGACACACACCAGCCCCACCAUGACCAACCACGGAGAUGACUGCUACUUCUUCUACUACUCCUUCUGCACCAAAGGGGACGGCUGUCCGUUCAGACACUGCGAGGCGGCGAUGGGCAACGAGACGGUCUGCAGCCUCUGGGAGGAGGGACGCUGCUUCAGACCCAGCUGCAGGUUUCGCCACAUGAAAAUCCUGAAAAAUCGAAAGGAGAUCCCGUGUUACUGGGAGAAGCAGCCGGCUGGCUGUCAGAAACCACACUGUGCCUUCUUCCACGAAAAGCCGCGCUACAGCGAAGGCGUGUUCAUCCCACCCAAUAAAAGUGCGACCUGGGUGGAGGAGCAGCAGCAGCAGCAGCAGCAGCAGCAGGAGGCAGCGCCUCCUCCACCCGCUCCUCUCCCCACAGCAGCCAAUCCACAGCUGCGAGGAGUGAUGAAGACAGACACCCAGGAGCUGGUGCCGAGCCCCACCCACCCCCCGGUGGUGAUCAACCCCGCAGACGACGACGAGGACGAUGACGAUCAAUUCUCAGAGGAGGGAGAAGACGGCAGACUUGGCCCUUCUCCCAGGAAGCGCCACAAGCCAGAUGAUUCCCUCAACGUCGGAGUGAGCACCCUGGAGGAGAUCCGUCUCCGGAGAGCCCUGAAGGCCAGCAUGAAGAGAUCUGGUUAUCCCAUCCAUAUCGCUGAAGCUUCCACCAACGGAGAGGAACAACACCUGCCAUCAUUGUUUGGACCGGCGUGCUUCGAGCCAAGAGACGAAGAAACCGGCAGACCAAGAGGCAGCUUGGCAGGAAGGCUCGGACGGAAAAUUCCCAGCUCCGGUGUGAACAGAGACGGUGUCCUGAAGAGGAGUCUGGCGCAGCGUCUGGGUGGAGUGGUGGACCAGGAGCUUCCUUCAGAGCCUCAGAAAGCUUUGAAACCUGUGAAAGAGAGACUUGGUGUGUUUUCUGGUCGUCAUGCUGCUUCUGCUGAGCCAGCUGAUAUAAGUGAGGCUCCACAGAAGGUUCCAGAGCAGAUUCGCAUUAAAACUCUGGAGGAGAUCAAACAGGAAAAGGCCUCAAAGGCUCAGCAUCAGAGACCCAGUGCUCCUGCGUUACUCCCCACGCCAGAAAUCGCCAUAACCACAGCCGGCUCUGUCAAAGCUCCCAAGGGAAACAAGAGGUCCAUCACCGUCCAAGACUCGUCCAUCAGCCACGUCAAAAGCUUCUCAGAAAUCCUCCGGGCUAAGAAGAAGAGACAGGAGGAGGAACAGAACCAGGGCCCCGGCCCAAAGAAGGCCAAGCAGGCCGCAGAGAGCCGGGAGGCGCCGGACACUGCAGCACCGCCCCAGGAGAAAACACCAGCCCAGGAGAAAACCAACGGGGGCGAGGUCCGAGUGAAGACCCUGGAGGAGAUCCGCAGAGAGAAGGCAGGGAGACAGCAGGUCCAGCAGGUCCAGCAGGUCCAGCAGGUCCAGCAGGUCCAGCAGGCCGCUGAGGCCAACAGCAAGCAGAGCUCCGACUCCGAGGAGGACGGGGCCAAGAGGCCGCGGCUGCUGCGCCUCCGGAAGCCGGCAGGCCCAACAGGCAAGAUUUCAUCAGAGAAGGCUGCUGAAGAGCCGGCGAAGCCAGGAAAGCCUGCAGCGGCUGCGCCAGAGGCCAGCACCACGGUGAAGGUGAAGACCUUCGAGGAGAUCAUGCGAGAGAAACGGAUGAGAAAGCAGGAGGAGGAGCAAGAGGAGCAAACCAAGAGUGCAGCCUCUGAGGACUCUGCUCCUCAGAACGGCUCUGCUGCCGCUGCUCCUCUCAAGAGGAAGCUUCCUGCUAAAGUCACCGUCUCAGUCGCAGCCUCCUCCACUGCUCCGGUCCCAGACUCCACCCAGAAGGUCCCCGUUCGGAAGCCUGCUCUCAAAUCAAAGCGCGCUUCACCGUCGGCUGCCGCGGCCUCGGACCCCGUGAAGCUCAACUCUUCUCCACAGACGCCCGACACCAAAUCCCAAAGCAAGAACCUGCGGAGCAGUGCUCCGGCCAGAGCUGCUCCUCAGGCUCCUCCUGCUGAAGCUCCUGACACAGCGGCCAGCAAUCACUCUGUGGACACCAAAGUGCGACCCAAGCUGAACGUGAAGCCGUCGGUGGUCAAGCCCGCGGUGCAGCUGAAACCGGCGCAGAAGAGAAAAGGAUCGGCGCGUUCCGCUGUGGCCGCUGUCAAACCUCUGAACAGCUCCUCCACGGUGCAGGAGACGGCGUGCACGGACUCUCAGGUGCUGCCGUCCGUCAAUACUGAGGCCCAGCUGAAUCCUGCUGGACCUCACAGUCCCAGCAGCCUGCUGGACGCCACCUCCGCCUCCAGCCCACUGAGAGAGAAGCUCCAGACCGUCCCCAUCUUCAAGAAGAGUCCGAGUGAGGAGAGCCAGCCUGCUGCCAGAGAGCCCUGUGCUGUCCACCAGAGUCCGGUCCUGAAGAGUCCCACUCAGCCAAAGUCCAGGAGAACCAGCACGGCGGCCUCUCGCUCCGCCUCCAGCGCUGCCGCCGCCACUUCCUCGGCCGUGGACGACUUCGACGAUCUCAUCAACGAGUUCACGGACGACCACCUGGAGGAUGACGUGGACCCGGCCAUCGGAGAGGACGACCUGCUGCAGGAGCUGUCUGAGAUGAUUGACAUCUGACAGCCGGCUGGAGCCCCGCCCCCCUCCUCCCUCCCUCCAUCCAUCUUUACUGUGUGAUGGAGCGGAGGAUCACAGCGUCUGACGACAAUCCCAGCUGACUGAGGGAAGGCAGAGAUACAAGCGGACUGGUUUCAGAGAAUCUCUGCUCUUCAUAUUUCAAUCUCUUUUAAACUCCAGCCUCGUUGUCAUUGUUCUUCACUCUUUGGACGAGUCCCCUCUCCAAACAUUCCCGGUGUGUUUCCUGCUGUCAGGAAGGUGGAGCAGUGUGGGUGAUCACUGAGAAGAUGAGGCCGGGUGCUGAUGUGGAGAACGUGUGCAGUGCGUCAGCACUGUGUGAAUGAUUCAAGCUUUUAGAGAGAAGUCAUAUCUGUGUACUGUGUAUACGACCACAUGGGUUUUAGUCUGAAUGUGAGUGGGGAACUGUCCACAGCUGUUUCCUAUCAUGUCCCUGCCUCGGGCUGUCCUCCUGUCUGUCCUGUCUUUACUAUCGAACACCUCAGGGACUCUUUGAGCUGUUUCCGAGCAGUCUGUUCGUUCAUUUCUUUGUCUUAGUAUUGUUUACCUGUGUGAUGUGCUGAAUGCUGAACUGGGAUGUAUGGUCUUAAUGUGUUCUGACCUUUGUAUCAAAACCUUAAAAAUGUAUUGUUUUAAUGUGUAAAUAAAAAGCUCCUGACCUGCUG